AUAGUUUCGGAUGCCUUACACGACGACUAUUUUAACCAACCUAUUCAAUAUUGCUUCGGGCUUUCUCAAUAUAAUUCACGUUUAACCGUUGGAAGUUUAAUACAUUGAAUAAAAAUGUCCAAAAAAUUAAAACUGAAUCCAGAAAAAAGCGGUAGUGGGAGAUUAUUCCACGAACAGUGGACAGUGGAUUUUGGUGUAAUUCAAAACAAUAAUAAGGUACUAUGUUGCUUGUGUAACGAAACAGUUGUAAGCCGUAGUUUUAAUGUUAAAAGACAUUUCGAGACAGUUCAUAACAAUAUAUUUUCUCUAUCGGCUGAAGAAAAAUUAGAAUUGAUUUCUCAAAAAGUAAAAUUUUUUAGAAGUCAAUCAAACAAAUUUAAAGUGGCGUUCAAACAAAAUAAUAAUUUAUCAGCCGCUAGUUUUUCUGUGUCACAUUGCAUUGCGCAGCAUGGUAAGCCACUUUCUGACGGAGAAUACUUAAAAGAAGUUUUUGUUAAGGCGUCUAACAUUUUGUUUCAUGAUUUUACUAAUAAAAAUGAAAUAAUAAAACGUAUUAACGAUUUGCCUGUUAGUAGAAAUACUGUAAAAGAUCGUAUUAUUUGUAUGAGUAAUGAUAUAACAGAUCAGCUUCAAACAGAUUUGGCUUCAGAAAAUUAUUUUUCAAUCUGUCUUGACGAAAGUACAGAUGUAACUUCACAGGCGCGACUAGCAGUCUUUGUUAGGUUCAGUAGUGUUAAUAUUAUGAGGGAAGAAUUAAUAAAAUUAAUGACGAUUUCUACUAAAACAACUGCUCAAGAUAUUAUGAAUGUAGUACUUAAAGAAUUCGCCAAUUUAAAAAUAAAUAUAAAUAAUAUUGUUUCAAUAACUACGGAUGGUGCCCCUAAUAUGGUUGGCAAACACAAUGGAUUUGUUCAACUUUUUUCGAAAGAAAUUUCUCAUCCGUUAAUCAGUUUUCAUUGUUUAAUACAUCAAGAAGCGUUGUGUGCUAAAGACAGCUUGAAAUCGCUUCAAAAUGUAAUGGAAGUAGUUACAAAAGUUGUCAAUUUCAUUACAUCUCGUGCUUUAAAUAACCGACAAUUUACUAAAUUAUUAGAUGAAGUUGAAUCACAAUACGCUGGCCUUUUAAUGUAUAACAGUGUUCGUUGGUUGAGUCGUGGUCAAGUUCUUCAUCGAUUUGUUGAAUUAUUAGAAGAAAUACGAUUAUUUUUAUUCGAAAAAUCUCAAGACUAUCCAGAACUUAAAGAUUUAACCCUUUCAGGACAGCACCUUAAUAACGUUGAAAAAGUAACAAUUUUUUUGGCAAUUUCAAAAUUUUUCCUAUUUCUAAGAUAG